UGCUUCUACUUGCACGUAUACCUUACCAUAGCAAUAUACAUACGGCGUAUAAGGGCAAGGCUAGAAGUAAUGUAUUGACCACGAUUUACAAAGCCGAUAGAACAUCCGUUGUGAACCUUGGACCUAAAAUUAACCAUACACGGCCGUCACGAAGAUGUUACGAAGCUCGUUACUACAACAAGUGGUUGAACGCCAGCGAUCUUAAUAUGGAUUCAGAUACGAAGACCUCCCAACCACAAGAGCCUCACAUCACACGACUAAAGGAAAUUUCAUCCCGAUGCGAAUCGUCUCAUUAUAUAAACAAGAGAAUAGAUCUUUCCCGGUUCGUAUUCGACGAUGAACAUAAACUGAUCAUGUGUGUUGUACCGAAGGCGGCUUGUACAACGUGGAAGAGAAUCAUGUGGUACUUGAAUGGUUGUGAGAAUGACAAAGAAAAAGUUUUUAAAUUGAACGUGGCAAUCCUGGAUUUAACAGCGCGAAGAUUGAAACGAUUAUCAAGUGUAAGCAAAGAAUCGGCGAUCGAGAAACUUCGAUCUUACACGAAAUUCUUCGUAAAAAGAUCUCCCUUUGAAAGGUUGGUCUCGGCCUACAGGAAUAAAUUCAUUACAAGCAAAAACCCGAAUUAUAGAGAAAAGAUUGGCAAACAAUACGCUAAAGUUCAAGCUGCAAAGCUACUGCAAGGUUUACGCCUUCCAAUGAGAAAUAUUGCCCGUGGUCGUGUUGGUGUUGAUGACGUAAUGAAUGACGUCAGGAUACGUUCGAUGAACGAUACCAUGCAGGAACGUUUAAGAAAGUAUCUAGUGACGAUUAGACAUGGAAAUCUUACUUUUGAACAAUUUACAAGCCACAUCGUUAAAGCUACCGAAUACAACUUACCUGGUGAACUAGACGUCCACUGGCGCCCCCAGGUGGAGCUUUGCAACCCGUGCGCUUUAAAAUAUGACUACGUCAUCGAUUUCCGCAAGAUGGCGACAGAGUCCAACGAAUUGCUUCAAUACGUCCAGCGAAAUGAUGACGUAAUGGAUCAAAUUCGUUUAAAAGAAACACACCGAGUGCUAACGAACGAUGAUACGGUCGCUUCUCAUAUGAAUUUAAUUGAUGAUAAUGUUAAGUUAAAGUUGAAACGGUUGUAUGAAAAUGACUCUUAUAUCCUUGGCUAUUCUCCGAUGCGUUAGAAGAAUGGCAAUUGAAAAUAUAGUAGGGUGGGGGAAGAUGGGACACCUUUUUAUUCUAUUUUCUUUUCCAAUUUGGUAGUAAACAAACAUUUAACGAUUUUGUAUAAAACUUUAUCCUCACGGCUCCCAUAGACCGUUGUUAAUUGUUUAAAACACGAUCAGGAUAUUUAGUUAUUAUGUGUCAAAGGUGUCCCGUCUUCCCCAUAACGUACUAUAUAAUGACGCAGUGCAAUUGACAGCGGUAUUUAAACGAUGUUUCAUCACAGAGGUUUCACCUAGCUAUGAGUAUUUGUAUUUUGUAUUUUAUUCUGUGCUUUUUUUAUGACCGCCAAGCGACAAUUUGUUGCCAUUGUUCUAUUAUUUUUUUAUUUUGUCAAAGUUUUAUUUGAUUCUGUUUUCUUCUACUUUCUACUGUGUUCCAACGUUCUAUAAUUUACUUCACUGAAAAUUUUGUCGCAAAACAACGCAAAAUAUUGACCACACAUUUCUAGUAAAA